AUGGCAAAGCCAACCCUAACAGGUACACCUAGACUAGCAGUUACCGGCCCAACAUCACCUGCUGGCCGAAUUACAACUAGUAAUAUCCCAUCUACAACGAGCCCAAAUGUACCGUCUGUUGGUGGAAAAACUAUUGUCGAAACCCGUGCUGGUCUUGCAUCUACAUCUACUAAUAUGACAUCUGCAGCAAGCCAAAAUACAACCUCUACUGGCGCAACAAAUAUCGCCACGUCCAGACAAACUCCGUCUUCUAUUGUUACAUCAUCAGUUGCGGCAACCACUGUUUCGGCUACUAGCCAAGCAGCUUCAACAGUAAAUCAACAACCACCUGUAACUAGCCCAACAGCUACAGGACAAACUACAACCCCAACAAGCCAGACUGCUUCUUCAACUGUCGCAUCAUCUAGCCAAACAGUUCCAUCUACAGUAAGCCAAACAGUUCCAUCUACAAGCCCAUCAACUACAGGACAAACUACAAACGCUACGUCUACAGGUCCAACUGCGUCUUCUACUGGACAAACUACAGUCCCGAUGUCCACAACUCAAACGGCAUCUUCUACCGGCCCCGUGUCUAGUGGGACAGUGACUUCAACAUCUGCUGGUACAUCAUCUUUUGGGCCAACCGCAACUUCAACUACUAGCGCAACAUUUUCAAAAGUAAACCAAACAUCGCCUGCUACAAUCACAGCAACUACAGGACAAGCUACAAUCCAACAAUCUACCAGCAGGCCAACAUCAUUCACAAGUCGAUCUGCACCGUCAAAUAGUCGAUCUUCUGGUAGCACAGCAUCUGUUGGGACAUCACCUAUUAUUCAGUCGUCUGCUGGUCCAACUGCGUCUUCUACUGGUCGGUCUUCUGCUGGUACAUCAUCUUUUGGGCCAACCGCAACUUCAACUACUAGCGCAACAUUUUUAAAAGUAAACCAACCAUCGCCUGCUACAAUCACAGCAACUACAGGUUACUAA